UUCAUACCGUGCACCGCAAUCAAGUUGAGUUUCUAUAGUACUCAAGAGCCUAGCCCAAUCGUCUUCCAGCAAUCAACUGCACUGAGCGCUGGAACGUGUGCCUCGCCGGAGCGGGUAGGAUUCCCCACUAUCAAUAGCCGCGAUUUCUCAUCUACUUGCAAAUUUCAGUCGGUCGGUACCGAGCUGUUGGACAUGGGAAUGUCAACAGCCAGUCAGUCUCCUGCUGGCGUGACUGGCAGAACAGAAGCGCACGCGAUAAUCCUGGCGUCUGGUCAAAAUAAUGGCAGUAUCCGUAGCGCGCGGGAUUUCCAGUGCGAGCCUCUUUUAUUUGUAUCGGUUUUUUUUAUGGCGAAGGGCCAAGUGACAAGACUGCACGACCGCGUCCUCACCGUUCGUUCUGGAUUUGGAAGCACCCAGCGAUUAUGCAUCCAAAUCAGUCGGCCAGGCCAUGCUUUUACUUCGUUCAGGUAUGUCAGUGGUUUAGAUUGGUCCAGCAUUGCGGCAUAG